AGGGAAAGGGCCGAAGGAGGAUCGAGAGACCGAACGGAGGACCGAGAAGUGUGUGAUCGAACAAAUUAUCGAUCGGAAUUUUGCAUAGCGUCGAUUGUAAUUGGGGUUUACCAUCGAUCGAAUUCUCCAUUUUCAGUUGCUGACUGAAGAAGAAGUACACGAAUCAGUAAACCAGAAGGGAGGAUGUUGCCGACCUCAUCGAAAGGGCGAAUGCCCUCUCGCCCCAAUCCAAUUCUCCCACAGUACCUCCGUAGAAUAGUCAAGUGGCAACAAAUGGAUAUUGAAUACACUUUCUGGCAAAUGCUUCAUUUAUGCACCUCACCAAAAGUUGUCUAUCAGCACACCAAGUACCAUAAACAAACAAAAAACCAGUGGGCCCGUGAUGAUCCUGCUUUUAUUGUAAUUUGUAUUCUUAUCUUGGCAGUUUCAGCUGUUGCUUAUUCUGCUGCGUAUGAUCAUAGCACUGGGCAUGCUGUUUUUGUUGUUUUAUCAGUGACAUGUGUCCAUUUUCUAUUGGCCGGAGCAAUUGUUGCUACAUUUUGCUGGUUUGUGACUAAUAAUUACCUUCGUGAAGAAACCUCACACAGUCACGUGGUAGAACAACGCGUUGAAUGGUUGUAUGCAUUUGAUGUGCACUGUAACUCCUUUUUCCCGAUGUUUAUCGUGCUUUAUGUGAUACAUUUUUUUAUAUCACCACUUCUGGUAGCACACGGAUUCGUUCCACUUCUGCUGUCAAAUCUGAUUUUUACUGUCGCCAUAUCUUACUAUCACUACCUCAACUUUUUAGGUUAUGAUGUGCUUCCGUUUUUAGAGAAGACCACUUUCUUCCUAUACCCAAUUGGCGUUGUGAUCAUUUUUACACCCAUAUUGAUUUUAAGCGGGUUUAAUCCUUCGAGAUACAUUAUGAACAUUUACUUUAGUCAAUGGUCGUGAUUUGAAUUGGAAUUUAAUGUGGAAAAUUACAUGAAAUAUUAGAAGAAAUUGAGUGGUAGUGAUGAAUCUUAAUGUAUACACAAGGGAAGCUAGGAGUUUACCUUAAACAACAAAGAGCUUUGUUUUCUUAAAUGUGUAAAUGCACCUUAUGCCAUUUUGAUUGAAAAUCUGUUGUCAUAUGAAGGUCAAUAUUGUCUUUUCACUAUG